CCUCAGGGGUGGACACGCUUUGAUGACAGUAUUUAUUUCGUUGGCAAAUCAAAGGAAAAUUGGGCAACUGCUAUGGAGGACUGUAAAAGGCGGGGUUCAACUUUAGCAGAGAUAGAAUCAGCAGAGGAGAAUGACUGGAUAAAGAAAAACCUACUGGAACAUUUGUUUCAAGGUAAAACUAUAACCGAAUGGACUGUAUCCGUGUUGUGGAUUGGUGGAAAUUGUCCACGAAGAAGUAAAGAUAAGGAAAAAUGUCGGUGGCAGGCAGACAACAGCGAAUUUUCUUACCACAACUGGCACGAUGAUGAUCCGAGUGGUGAUGGACCAUGUGUAUUUCUUGCCAAAGAUGGGAAAUGGGCUGACUAUCCUUGUAAACAUGAAAGAUUCUACGUAUGUGAAAAGGCUGCUUAGUUGAAUAUUCCUCAAAAUAUUUUGAGUGAUGAGUUUUCAAACG